GUGAGAGCUGAGAUUUGAAGUAGGAGGGAGUCCUCGAGAUGGCAGCAAUGGCAGAAUUCAACUAUGUCAAUUCACUGACUGAAAUGCCAGAAAGAGAUGAUGCUGAACGCAGUUUACAUCAUGCAAUGUUCUUGGAACCCCAAGAGAAAAAGAGGAGCAUGAAGGCUCUGGUGGUUAAACAAGCAAAGAAAACUUGCAGCUGCACUCCAGCCAAAGUUAAAGAUUAUGUUUUCAGUUUCUUUCCUGUCUUUCAGUGGCUUCCUAAAUACAAACUAAGAGAGUACCUACUUGGAGACAUAAUGUCUGGUGUGAUCGUGGCGGUCUUACUAGUCCCACAGUCAAUUGCCUAUUCUCUCUUGGCUGGACAGGAACCUAUUUAUGGCCUUUAUACAUCCUUUUUCGCAGGCAUUAUUUAUUUCAUAUUUGGAACCUCCCGCCACAUCUCAGUGGGCAUCUUCGGUGUGCUUUGCCUAAUGGUGGGACAAGUGGUGGAUCGUGAAAUACAGAGAGCUGGCUAUGACUUGGAGCCGGCUGACCCUGAUGUUCUCAGGGGUACAGCAGCAUAUCUGAACACCACCAUUGUGCCUGUGAAUCAGACAUUGCCGGUGAAUCAGACAUCGCAGAAGUCGCUCUGUGAUAAAAGCUGCUAUGCAAUUUCAGUAGGAGCCACCAUGACCUUCAUAGCUGGAGUUUAUCAGGUGGCCAUGGGUUUCUUUCAAGUGGGCUUUGUCUCAGUGUACCUCUCCGAUUCAUUGCUGAGUGGAUUUGUCACGGGUGCCUCCUUCACCAUCCUAACCUCACAAGCCAAGUAUCUCCUGGGCCUAGACAUUCCACGGAGCAGCGGCAUCGGCUCCCUCAUAUCCACGUGGGUGAAUAUCUUCAGAAACAUACAUAAGACCAACAUCUGUGAUCUCAUCACCAGCCUCUUGUGCUUUCUUGUACUUAUCCCAACCAAAGAGCUUAAUGAACAUUUUAAAUCCAGACUCAAGGCUCCAAUACCAGUUGAAUUAGUCGUGAUCGUGGUAGCUACUCUGGCAUCUCACUUUGGGAAGCUGAGAGAGACUUAUGGCUCGAGCGUUGCUGGACGCAUCCCAACUGGGUUUCUGCCACCCCGCCCUCCAGACUGGAACCUGAUUCCUAAUGUGGCUCUGGAUGCUAUCCCCAUAGCUAUUAUUGGUUUUGCCAUUACUGUCUCCCUCUCAGAGAUGUUUGCCAAAAAGCAUGGUUACUCUGUGAAGGCCAACCAGGAAAUGUAUGCCAUUGGCUUCUGCAACAUCAUUCCCUCCUUCUUCUAUUGCUUCACAACAAGCGCAGCUCUUGCCAAGACUCUUGUCAAAGAGUCCACAGGCUGUAGGACACAAAUGUCUGGCAUGGUGACUAGUUUGGUAAUCCUAUUAGUCCUCCUUGUGAUUGCACCUUUGUUUUAUUCUCUUCAGAAAUGCGUCCUUGCUGUCAUAACCAUUGUAAACCUCAGAGGAGCCCUGCAGAAGUUCAGGGACCUGCCAAAAAUGUGGCAUUUGAGCAGAGUGGACACAGUGAUCUGGCUAGUUACUAUGGCAGCCUCAGCAUUCAUCAGUACUGAAAUUGGUCUUUUGGUUGGUGUUUGCUUCUCUAUGCUCUGCGUCAUUUUCCGGACUCAGAGACCAGAGGCACCGCUGCUUGGCUGGGUGGCAGAGUCUGAGACAUAUGAGUCUCUGUCUGCCUACAAGAACUUGCAAACCAAGCCAGGAGUUGUGGUGUUUCGUUUCGAAGCACCCCUCUACUACAUCAACAAAGAGUGCUUUAAGUCCACCCUGUACAAGCAAACUGGAGUCAACCCAGCCUGGGUGAAGGCCGCGAAGAAAAAGGCAGCAAAACGAAUGCUUAAAGAGAAAGAGGUGGAUUCUGGUGGCAACCAGACCAGCAUCUCCAUGGAUUUUGUCUCUGAACCUUUGGGGUUUCACACAAUAGUGAUUGACUGUUGUGCAGUACAGUUCCUGGACACAGCAGGAAUACGCACGCUCAAAGAGGUCUGCAAGGACUAUGGGGAGAUAGAUGUUCAGGUGCUACUAGCCCAGUGCAAUCCUUCAGUGAGGAGUUCCCUCAUCCGAGGAGAAUUCUUUAAAGAAGGAGAGGACCACCUUCUGUUUCACAGUGUGCACCAGGCUGUGGACUUUGCAUUGGGUGCACAAGGGCACCAUGGGACCAACGCUUCUAAGAACUAGUUGUGGGAAGGCAGCGAGUUGGAACAAAGCCUGGGGAAAAGUGGCUGUGGGUCUGUAUGACUAUGCAAUCUGUCUGCACUUGAGUGAAGAGACAGGGCUGUUGUUAGCACACUGGGUACUAUGCAAUCUGUUCUGAUGCUUUAAAUUUGCCUGCUAAGUAUAGCGAUUCAAUAGGUGGUACUGAAUGAAGGCAAUUCUUAACUUGAUUUUUAUCCAAUAAUGGGAAUCUAAGAGUUUCUAUAUGGUUGUUCAUCUCAUUUCUCUCAUCUCUUGAACUUUUCAUGUCUCAGUUCCCUUCCUGAGUUUUGAACACCAGCACUGAAGUCAUUUGUUGUAACCCCGUCUUUAUGGGUGGAUGGGGUUUUGAAGUAGCCUGAGUACCCUGUCCAGCUGAAUAAUGAAUGGCAACUCAUUUCUUGUCCUGGUAUAGAUUUUUGUGUCACCAUACCCUCUUUUGCUAAGAGGUGGCUGAUGGGGUCUGUUUGCUCUGGUCUUUG